UAAAGUAGUUCUUAUAAUUUUAUUUUGUUCACAUGCAGGCUUUUCAUGUGUUUCAUACUUCCUGCCUUAUACACUGGAUACUUCUGUGUGAGGUUGAGAUUGCAAAUCAGUCAGCUAAUUCAAAAGUGAGAAGAAGAUCUAGGAGGAAAAAUGCAGCCAAGUGCAAUGGACAAGAUGGCCAGAUGAAAGCUUUGAGCACGCAAAUCCAUUCUGUAUUCUGCCAAGAGUGCCAGGGUACUGGUGCAAUCAUUGAUGGAGAUGACCUGGAGAAACCAAAUCUCCCUCUGUCUCAGAUGUUCAAGUAUAAGAUAAAGGUGAGUGAUGCACGUAGAGCAUGGAUGAAGAGUCCUGAAAUGUUGGUGAAUUGCUCGACAGGUUUUCAUUUCCCUUCCCAAUACGAAGAAGGAAUCCAAGUUUCUGAAAAGGUGAAACCAUUAAAGUUGCUGCAUUUCUACAGAGCAGAUUAAUAGAGUUGGCUUCAAGAACACUGGGAACCAUGCGGUCAGUUGUUUUAGCUUCUCACCGUAGCAUGUAUGUUUCACUUCUAACGUGCACCUUCUUGUUGUAUAUGAUUGGAUCAUGACUAGGACUUUGGAGUGGACAGCCG